AUGGAGAAGCUAUCUGCAUUUCAAAUAAAUAAUAAGUACAAGUUAUUUCAAUUGGCGAAAGAAUUGAAUUCGACCAAAUUCUUUGAAACAUGCUUAAAUGAUAACCAGUAUAAGAUAAUAAACCAUCUAUUGUCGACAGAUAAUUACGAAUUGUGGUCUAAUUUUUUGGAAGGAAAUUGUUACUUGCAAGUAAACAAAAGCUCUACAGCAGAUGAAUCGAGCCAAGGAGACAAAGAGAAUGAAGAAGUUAUAGAAGAGGGCCAUAAGCCUAUAAAGAUGUUGGCAUUGCAUAUUAGAUACCUCUUGUGGGAAAAAGCGAUAGAUUUUUAUUAUUCGUCAAGAGACUUAGAUCAAUCUGUAUAUACAAUCGAAGAAGUCACUGAUGAUUAUGAAUUAAUUGACAAACUAGACAAAAUGCCAGAGGAAAAUACUGUGAAUGGUGAAACUACUGAAGUGGAUUCAUUAUCAGAGGCUAAACCUGCCCCUGUUGUAAGAGAAGAAGAGGACGAUUAUGACGAGGAUGAAGAGGAAGAAGAAGAAAAGGAUCAGAACAAUGAUAAGAGGAGCGACGAUCACUCUGAAGAUCAUGAUAAAGAUAAUGAUGUACAAUAUAACGACGAGCACCAAGCCAUAUUAGAAGUUCCCUCAAGCAUAUUCGAAGAAAGGCCAGAACCAGAGACUAAUACAGAACUAGAACAACAAUCGGCCACGGAAUCCAGGCUUAAUAUAGAAGAGCAAGAAAAUCUAAUAAAAGAAUUUAAUAAAGUUUAUCAUAAUUUUGAAUACGACAGAGAGACAUUAAUAAAAAGGAGAAAAUUGGAAAAAUCUGAUAUGCAACUUGAAGAGGCCGGGUCAGAUGAAAUUGAUGGCAUUAAAACUGGUACCGAAAACGUCACCAAUAAUGAUGGCACCGACAACAUGGUAAUAAAUCUUGGUUCUGCCUCGCUUUCAUUAAAACAUUUACUUAAUACGAUUCAACAACAAAGAGAUGAGAUCCCAUUAAAUGAUUUCGAAUUGCGUACAUUAUUUAUGGAUGUUAGGAAAAACAGAGGUAAAUGGGCAAGUGACGAAAGAGUCGGGCAAGAAGAGUUGUACGAGGCAUGCGAGAAGGUUGUUAUGGAUUUAAGAGGUUAUACUGAACAUUCAACCCCAUUUUUAAAUAAAGUUUCUAAAAGAGAGGCGCCAAAUUAUGGCUUGAUUAUUAAGACUCCUAUGGACCUUAACACAGUCAUGAAAAAAUUGAAAGGUUUACAGUAUAAUUCAAAGGAAGAAUUUGUUAACGAUUUGAUGCUCAUAUGGAAUAAUUGUUUGACUUACAAUGUAGAUCCAAAACAUUUUUUACGAGCACAUGCUAUUGCCAUGCAAAAGAGAACCCAAAAGCUUAUUCCAUCCAUUCCUAAUAUUACUAUAAGAAGUAGGGCAGAAGUAGAAAAGGAAGAAGAGUUAGAAAAUGAGGACAAAGGUUCCCCUGUUGGUGCUGGUAAAUCGUCAAAGAAAGGUAGAAAACGGACAAGAGAAGAUCAAAUUAAGACCGAGGACGAAACCAAAACUGAUUCUCCAGAUCCUUCGUCGCUCUCAGAGACGCCAGCUACAGGAAUAAGUGCAACCGAAGUACCGCCAGUAGAAAAUGAAAAUAAAAAGGCUGAUGCAAUAGACCAAGACAACGAGGAAGAAGAAGAAGAGGUAGAUGCCGAUGUGCGUGAAGACAACGAUAAUGAUAAUAAUGAUGAUGAAGAUGAAGUUGGUCCAGAGCUACAAGCAUGGCGUACCUUGACUGCGAAAUCGAGAGCUCAUUAUUGUGCUCAAAGAGCAGGUUUAUUUGAUGAGAACUACAAGCUUAAGCCUAAUGCUCAUGCAAUAAUAAGAGAAUCGAAUGAAAUGAGUAAUUUCAAUCAUUAUCUCAAUAAUACACUGGUUGUUUCUAAAAGUAGCAAUUUACUUGAAAAUGAUGAACCUUAUUUAUUAGAGUAUGACAUCACUGGCGGAUUACCGGGAUUCAAAUACAGCGGUGUUAAUGAAGAAGAUGAAGAGAGACGAGAACAAAGAUUAGUAGAUGUUUACUUACAACAAGCUAAUGGAGAUGCGAGUAAGAUAAAAUCACCUUUUGUACUUCCAACAGAUAGCGGAUUAAACAAAGUGUAUCUAGAAAACAUAACCGAGAUGCAAGAAAUAAGAAAAAUAUGUUUCAAGAUCUCCCUUAUUCGUCAAAUGCAAACUCAGCUGUUUGUGCACCAUACCCAAUUAAGACAACCAGAGAUCGAUACGCUUAAAGAAGUCGAUGUUGAUCCUGUUUCCAAAUUAUCUAAUCAUGACCCCUUUCAUAAGGAUAUCCAAUACUCUAUUUUAAGGCGGAAUAUUUCUAAGAUUGCUAUGCAAACAGGGUAUGAGACUACAGAACCAGCUGCAAUCAAUACUUUGACGCAAAUUGCAGAGAGAUAUAUGGAAAAUUUGAUCAAGUCCAUUAAGUUACACUCGGAGAGUAGCUCGUCUAACCAGUUAACUACAAGAGAAAUUCUUUUAUUGUCUCUUUUAGAGAAUGGUAUAGAUAAACCAGAUGAUCUUUAUACAUUUGUAAAAGAGAAGGUUGUUAAGCAACAAGCCAAAUUAAAGGAUUUGAGACUGAAAUUAUCAAAUUUUCUCAAAGAAUUAUUAAAACCAGGUUUGGAAAACUUCAAUGAAAAGAGUUUUGAUGAUAACAGUGAACAAUUUAUGACAGGUGAUUUUUCCAAUGACCUCGGCGACGAUUUCUUUGGGUUUAAAGAACUAGGAUUGGACAAGGAAUUCAAAAUGUUAAGUUCGUCGAUACCAAUUUAUCUUUUGCAUUCUAGACUUCAUAAUUCGUACAGCGCUAAUGGAAUCAUUAACAAACGAAAUAAGUAUGAAGAUUUCAAGGAAUACAAUGUCCCAAAAUUAUACGCAUCCGAUAUAGAAUAUCAAAUUGGCAUUUUGGCUCCAUUUUACUCUAAAUUAUUGGACAAAUCUAAGCAUCAUUAUGUGAAGGUGCAGAAGAAGAAAGGCGAAAGUACUGCAUUACCUGAAAAUGACAAAUUAGUGUUAAUUGAGGAUGAAGAAUUGCCGCAAAAACAGAGAAAUGUUCGGCCAAGAUUGCCACCUACUGGUAAAAUCACUUCGACAAAGAAGAAGAUUAUUGCUAACUCAUUUAUCUUACCGGAUGAGGACGAGUUGACUGUAUAA